AUGUCGUCUAAUAUAAUCAACAUUACAAUUUCUGCUGCUGUUCUUGGUGGGUUUUAUUUAUACUCUCCAGACCUUUUUCCUAUAAUAGCAGCACUUGUUUCUAUUGCUUUUGGAAUUAAGCAUUUAUUCGUUAAUAAGUCAAAAGAUGCAGCCUUAAAUCCGGAACAAUGGAAACAGUUUCCUCUCGUGAAAAAAAUAACAAUUAGUCACAAUGUUGCCCUGUACCGUUUCGGUUUACCCAAUCCUGAUGAUAUUUUAGGUCUUCCGAUUGGACAGCAUAUUUCAGUACAAGCGGAGAUUGGUGGAAAGCCGGUUCAACGUAGUUACACACCAACAAGUUCCGAUGAUGAUAUUGGACACUUUGAUCUUGUCAUAAAGACUUAUCCAAAUGGCAACAUAUCGAAGUGGUUCGAUAGUCUUGAAGUAGGACAAAUGAUUACUGUUAAGGGUCCUAAAGGUCAAUUUAAGUAUAAACCAGGCUUAGUGAGAGCUUUAGGAAUGAUUGCUGGUGGUACUGGCAUAACACCAAUGUUACAGAUUAUCCGAGCAAUUUGCAAAAAUCCGGCAGAUAAGACGCGUGUCAGUCUUAUAUUUGCAAAUGUAACAUAUGAUGAUAUUCUUCUAAAAGACGAGUUAGAUUCACUCGCUGCUCGUCACGAAAAUUUUACCGUGUUUUAUUCAUUAGAUAAACCUCCAGAAGGUUGGACAGGUGGAUCCGGGUUUGUUACUCCUGAAGUUAUACAAAAAUAUUGUCCAAGUCCUUCUGAUGAUAUCAAGAUAUUGUUAUGUGGUCCCCCUCCUAUGGUUAAUGCCAUGGCUAAACAUUGUGAAGCCUUAGGAUACAAUAAACCCAGAACUAUUUCAAAAUUAGAG